CACUCACGUGAUUUAUGAACAGGAAGAAUCUGAUCUUCCGUGCAGUGGUCUUGAAGAGACUGAAUGAAUCUUUGAGAUCAGACCUUCCUCAUCAUGGUGGAUUUUCUGGCAGAGAACAACUUGUGUGGACAGGCCAUACUAAGGAUUGUGUCCAGAGGAAACGCCAUCAUAGCAGAAUUACUGAGACUCUCAGACUUUAUUCCUGCAGUUUUCAGACUCAAAGACAAAAGUGACCAGCAGAAAUAUGGAGACAUCAUCUGUGACUUCAGCUACUUUAAAGGUCCAGAGUUUUACGAGAGUAAACUGGAAUCAAAGGCAGAGCUGCAGGAUUUGGAUGAGGAGUUCCGGGAAAACAACAUUGAAAUAUUGACACGGUUCUACCUGGCCUUUGAAAGUGUCCAUAAAUAUGUUGUAGACUUGAUAAGGUACCUGGAGGAUCUCAAUGAAGGGGUCUACAUUCAGCAGACACUGGAAACUGUUUUACUAAACGAAGAUGGAAAACAGCUUCUGUGUGAGGCUCUGUACCUGUAUGGAGUCAUGUUACUGGUCAUUGAUCAGAAGAUGGAGGGGGAGGUGAGAGAGAGGAUGCUGGUGUCCUACUACAGAUACAGUGCUGCUCGCUCCUCAGGCGACUCCAACCUGGAUGACAUCUGCAAGCUCUUACGCAGCACCGGAUACUCCAGCAACCCGGGAGCCAAACGGCCGGCCAACUACCCCGAAAGCUACUUCCAGAGAGUUCCCAUUAAUCCCACUUUCCUCAGUAUGGUGAUCGGACGACUCCGCUCAGACGACAUUUACAACCAGGUUUCUGCAUAUCCUCUGCCAGAACACCGCAGUACAGCUCUGGCCACGCAGGCUGCUAUGCUGUGUGUCUGUUUAUAUUUUACCCCUUCCAUCUUGCACACACAACAAGCCAAGAUGAGAGAGAUUGUGGACAAAUACUUCCCUGACAAUUGGGUUAUAAGCAUAUACAUGGGAAUCACUGUGAACUUGGUGGAGGCGUGGGAACCGUAUAAAGCUGCUAAAACAGCCCUGAACUACACGCUGGACACGGCCAACAUCAGAGAACAGGCCGGUCGAUACGCUGCCAGUGUGGAGAGUUUGAGGCCGCAGGUGCAGCAGUUGUUGAAGGAGGGUUUCCUGAGAGAAGAAAUCGUUCUGGACAACAUUCCCAAACUGCUUAACUGCCUCCGCGACUGUAAUGUUGCCAUCCGCUGGCUGAUGCUGCACACUGCAGAGUCUGCUUAUGAUCCAAACAACAAGAGAUUGCGUCAGAUCAAAGAUCAAGUCAUCAACGACUCCAAAUACAAAUCCAAAAUUCUGUUUCAGCUGUUGCUGGAUACGGCCCAGUUUGAGUUCAUACUCAAAGAGAUGUUCAAGCAGAUGUUGGCAGAGAAACAGCUCAAGUGGGAAAGCUAUAAGAAAGAGGGAUCAGAGAGAAUGAUGGAGUUGGCUGAGGUGUUUUCUGGGGUCAAGCCGCUCACCAGGGUGGAGAAAAACGAGAAUCUUCAGGCCUGGUUCAGAGAGAUCUCCAAACAGAUCGAGUCUUUGAACUAUGAGGACUCGACGGCUGCUGGUAGGAAGACUGUUCAGCUCAUUCAGGCUCUGGUAGAGGUGCAAGAGUUUCACCAGCUCGAGUCGAACCUGCAGGUGUGUCAGUUCCUGGCAGACACACGCAAGUUCCUUCAUCAGAUGAUCCGCACCAUUAACAUCAAAGAGGAAGUGCUCAUCACUAUGCAGAUAGUGGGGGAUUUAUCAUACGCCUGGCAGAUCAUUGACAGCUUCACGUCAAUAAUGCAAGAGAGCAUCCGAGUGAACCCCUCGAUGGUGACCAAACUCAGAGCCACUUUUCUAAAGCUGGCCUCUGCCCUGGAUCUGCCUCUUCUACGAAUCAACCAAGUGAACAGUCCAGAUCUGCUUAGUGUUUCUCAGUUUUACUCUGGGGAGCUGGUGGCUUAUGUCAGAAAGGUACUGCAGAUUAUUCCAGAGAGUAUGUUCACCUCACUGGCUAAAAUCAUCAAGCUGCAGAUCCAUGACAUUAUGGAAGUGCCCACUCGUCUGGACAAAGACAAACUGAAGGACUAUGCUCAACUCAGCGCCCGCUAUGAGGUAGCCAAACUCACUCAUGCCAUCUCAGUGUUUACCGAAGGCAUCCUGAUGAUGAAGACCACACUUGUCGGCAUUAUCAAGGUGGAUCCAAAGCAGCUUCUGGAGGAUGGAAUCAGGAAAGAGCUUGUCAGACGCGUCGCUUACGCCCUGCACAAAGGCCUUAUCUUCAACCCCAAGGCCAAACCCAGUGAGCUGAUGCCAAAGCUGAAGGAAAUGGCCGCCACCAUGGAUGGCUUUUAUCGCUCGUUUGAGUACAUUCAGGAUUACGUGAGCAUCUACGGACUGAAGAUCUGGCAGGAGGAAGUGUCUCGCAUCAUCAACUACAACGUAGAGCAAGAGUGUAACAGCUUCCUCAGGACAAAGAUCCAAGACUGGGAAAGUGUCUACCAGUCCACCCACAUUCCCAUCCCUAAAUAUCCAUCAGUUGAUGAAUCUGCAACAUUCAUUGGACGUCUUUGCAGGGAAAUCCUGAGGAUCACAGAUCCAAAAACUACAUGUUACAUUGAUCAGCUGAACACCUGGUAUGAUAUGAGGACACAUCAGGAAGUGACCAACAAUCGACUCUUCUCUGAGAUUCAGGACACGCUGGGAACCUUCGGCCUGAACGGACUCGAUCGUCUCUUGUGUUUUAUGAUUGUGAAAGAGCUGCAGAAUUUUCUUACAGUCCUUCAGAAGAACAUCCUGAAGGACAAAGCUGUGGUUGACAUCUUCAAAGCUCUGUUGACAGCUGUCAAUCCUGUGAAAGGGAUUGUGGCGAAUGCAAGCAAAGUCUACGCCAAUGCUGUGGCCAAAACUCAGAAGAUCUGGGCAGUGUAUCUGGAAGCCAUCAUGAAGGUGGGUCAAAUGCAGAUUUUGAGGCAACAGAUAGCCAAUGAACUGAAUUACUCCUGCAAAUUUGAUUCCAAACAUCUUACUGCCGCACUGGAUAAUCUGAACAAGUCUCUGCUUGCUGACAUUGAAGCACAUUACCAAGAUCCAUCGCUGCCAUACCCCAAAGAGGACAACACCCUCCUCUACGAGAUCACCGCUUACCUCGAGGCAGCUGGAAUCCACAACCCACUUAAUAAAAUCUACAUCACGACGAAGCGUCUGCCUUAUUUUCCGAUCGUGAACUUCCUGUUUCUCAUCGCUCAGUUACCAAAACUGCAGUACAAUAAAAGCCAAGGAAUGACGUGCCGGAAGGCAGCAGAUCCGGUCGAUUGGGUUCCUCUGGUCUUGGGUCUUCUGACACUCCUCAAACAGUUUCACUCCAGAUAUACGGAACAGUUCCUGGCUCUGAUCGGCCAGUUUAUUCGCUCCAUAAUGGAGCAGUGCACCAGCCAGAAAAUUCCAGAUAUGCCUUCAGAUGUAGUUGGAGCAUUAAUGUUUCUGGAGGACUAUGUGCGUUACACUAAACUGCCCAGAAAGGUGGCAGAAGCUCAUGUGCCCAGUUUCAUUUUUGAUGAAUUCAGGACUGUGCUGUAAAGUUGUCUGUUGUUCUGUGAAACCAUGUUUGAUACCAUUUGUCUUUCUCUAAAAGCACAAAUGAAAGAAAAAAAAAAUUGUGUUCUUUUCUAAUACAGAGUAGCUGUUACUGACCUAAUGUCUGCUGAUGUAAUAAAAUACCACAAUGUUUUUAUAUAUAUAUAUAUAUAUAUCUCCAUAAUUUUGGGAAAAUUAAGCACCUUUAAAGAAAGAAUAAGAAUGUUUUCUAAUAAAACAGUAAGCCACGAGGGUAUGCGUUACAAUGAUUUUACCAUAAUAAGGGGUGUUUUUAGGCAAGAUACGAAACCGGAAUGUCUAAAACUACCUUAAGUGUGGUAAACUCAUUGUUAUGCAAGGCCUCAUAUUAAACAGUGGCAACAUCCGAUCAGAAUUUAGAGUCAGAACUUUGUUGUAAUCAGCCAAUAAUACUGUACACUUGCACUAAAACCCUUUUUUUUUUGUACACAACACACACAAGACGUCAUUUGAAUGAAAGUUUUACUUUAUCUUAAAUAUAUUACAAUACUUAAUGGAUACUGUAUGAAAAAAAAGAGCAUUUUAUCAUUUUAAUUGUCAGUCUAUGUACAGCACAUAAUAAAACAAAACAGCUAUGAAGAAUCUAUGAAUACCAACACUGUGUACAUGAUCAGAUGCGAACAGAAGAGAAACAGCAUGUGACAGCUUUUGAAUUAGCAUAAGGCAUUUAAAAAGACUCAAAAUGUACAUUUCAACUGCAAAAAAAAAAAACAAAACAAAAAAACUAAUCAGUGUUGAAAAUGAUUUACUUCCAGUUAACGCUGUCCUAUAUUUGCAAGUUGGUUCAGUAUGUGUGUGUGAUCUCAGUGUAAGUGGUCUGGGCCUGUUUGGUGAGCGUAAAUAUUAAUUUUCCUAAAUACAUUCAAAAGCUGGCGUCAGGAUGAAACUCGGGUUUGACUGAAACAGCAUCUCUCCUUCUGAGAUUUUAUUCCAGUACGAGUCGUAAAGGUUGUGUGCUUUUUUAUGGACAGAUUAGGGUCACAGUGAGCAGAGAGUAUUGCUUCAGAUGGUCAGUUAUUAUGGCUGUGUAUUAAAUAAAGAAACUUAAUUGUA